CACACAGACUAAAAAUUUACGUAACAUUUUGGAGUACAAUCGGAUCCAAUUUCCUGGUUAUUACCAAGGAAAAGAAGGAAUCUAAUAUAUAAAUCAUGUUGGGACGUCUGGGGAAGAAGCACUUCGAGAUGGCAGCUUCGUUUGCGCCGUCGAUAGCAGGUUUUGGCGGCACUGCUUUCUUGGGGCUGCUAUACUUCACAGAUUGGAAGGUGUUCGUAACCUACAUCCCUUACUAUGGAGGCAAGUUUAAGGCAGUGGAAGCUGAAGAAGAAUAAAUGGAACUCCUGUGUGUUAUCCCAAUUCUGUGAAUAUUUAUGUUAGUUUGUAAAUUCUAACUAUUAUAAGUUAUAGACAUCU